CCAGGGGCGGACCUAGUGUUUGAUGUUGGUUGUGGGGUAGGGGGUGUUCUAUGGAUGGCCAAGGAAAGUUUAGCUGGCACCGAUCCCUUCUGCUUACAAGUAGCUAAGCUAGCGAAGUAACUAUACAUCUAAUCGAUUUUUGGUAAAUCGCACGUUUUGCUGAAGAUGGUGGAUGUGGCUGCUUUGUAAUGCGAUGAAGGGAUUGCACUUUCCCAGAUUUGUGCUGCAGAGAUCCUCCACGGACCCGACGACCUGUUGCUGCUGACAAGCCGGGAGAGUAGUUGGGGAGACGCCGGUAGAUUGAGCAGGCACUUCCCUGGAGACUAAAGCCCUCGUUUCUUUGCUGAGGGAAUCAUGCAGUUUGCAAUCUGGUUAGUUGGGCUCCUGUGUCAUCUCUCAGCACUCAUCUGCAUUUCCAUGGAAUUUAGAUUUCAUCCCAAACAAGAAAACUUCAUCAAACAGCUGUCAUUUUAUGAAAUUAUCACGCCCGUCCGUGUGAAUGGUUUUGGAGAAACAUUUCCAACCACGCAGCACUUCAAGAGGAAGCGGAGAAGUUUAAAUUCAGACCUUUGGGGGUCAAGAACUCAUUACAAAAUUGAUGCCUUUGGGGAGCACUUCCACCUCAACCUCAGCGCUGACUCCGGAUUUAUAGCACCGUCCUACAUGGUUUCACAUCUAGGGGCAGAACACAGCAACAGGUCGGAUUUACAGGAAGAUAGCUCUGAGAUAAGGCAUUGCUUUUUUAAUGGGCAUGUCAAUGCUAAAAGCGAACACACUGCUGUUUUCAGCAUCUGCACUGGCCUUAUUGGCACAUUUAGAACCCACAAUGGUGAAUAUUUUUUAGAACCACUCUUGAAAUCAAAUGGAGAAGAUUAUGAAGACGAACACAACAAACCUCAUCUCAUUUACAGACAAGAAAUAAAGAAAGAAAAAACACUGGAGGAAAAAGUUAAACCAUGUGCAGCUUCAGAAACGAACAUCAGGAAACAAAUUAAUUUUCAGAACAAGAACAGUAUUGGAGAGCAUCUGCAUUCUAUACAUGAAGCCAUGAAUUCAGAACAGUCUUCAAGCCACGAAUCCAACAUGAAUAAUGGAUCCCAUUCACGGCACAAGAGAUUUUUGUCAUAUCCAAGGUUUGUGGAAGUGAUGGUAACUGCAGACGCCAAAAUGGUACACCAUCAUGGGCGAAACUUGGAGCACUACAUCCUAACACUUAUGUCAGUAGUGGCUGCAAUUUACAGAGAUCCAAGCGUUGGAAAUCUUAUAAAUAUUAUGGUUGUGAAAUUAGUUGUUGUCCACCAUGAACAGGAAGGACCUUCUGUCAGUUUCAAUGCGGCAACUACCCUCCACAAUUUUUGUGUGUGGCAGCAAACACAGAAUGUUGUAGAUGACACCCAUCCUUCACACCAUGACACAGCUGUUCUCCUCACCAGGGAAGACAUCUGCAGAGCAAGGAACAAGUGUGAUACCUUAGGCUUAGCUGAACUUGGUACGAUGUGUGAUCCCUUCCGUAGCUGCUCCCUUAGUGAAGAGAAUGGUCUUAGUGCUGCAUUUACCAUUGCACAUGAGCUGGGGCAUGUGUUUAACAUCCCUCAUGACGAUAGUUUUAAAUGCAAAGAAGCUGGGGUGAAACAUCAAUACCACGUCAUGGCCCCAACACUCAACUACAACACAAGCCCAUGGUCAUGGUCCAAGUGUAGUCGCAAGUACAUCACUGAAUUUCUUGACACUGGAUAUGGAGAAUGUCUCCUUGAUGAGCCGGUUAGUAGAACAUAUGAACUUCCUUCUCAACUUCCUGGUCAGCUGUACAACGCCAACAAACAGUGUGAACUCAUGUUUGGACCAGGAUCACAAGUUUGUCCAUACUUGAAGCAGUGCAAGAGGCUGUGGUGCACAAGUGCAGAAGGGGUUCACAAGGGCUGUCGCACGCAGCACAUGCCUCUGGCUGAUGGGACUGAUUGCGGCCAUGGGAUGCACUGCCGACAUGGACUUUGUGUGAAUAAAGAAGUGGAGCUGCGCCCUGUGGACGGGGAGUGGGGGCCCUGGGGACCCUACAGCACCUGCUCCAGAUCAUGUGGAGGAGGGAUUAGAAGUGCAGCUAGAGACUGCAAUAAACCAGAGCCAAAAAAUGGAGGGAAAUACUGUGUUGGGCGUCGAAUGAAAUUCCGCUCCUGCAACACUGAACCAUGUCCAAAAGGCCAGAAAGAUUUCCGAGAGGAGCAGUGCUCAGAAUUUGAUGGCAAACAUUUCAAUAUCAACGGUCUACCUCCUACUGUACGCUGGAUACCAAAAUAUAGUGGCAUUCUAAUGAAGGAUCAAUGUAAGCUGUUCUGCAGAGUUGCAGGAACCACUGCUUACUAUCAACUGAAGGACCGUGUGGCCGAUGGAACCCAGUGUGGACCAGAGACGAAUGACAUCUGUGUACAAGGCUUGUGCAGGCAAGCUGGAUGUGAUCAUGUGCUGAAUUCCAAGGCAAGGAGAGAUAAGUGUGGAGUCUGUGGUGGUGAUAACUCCUCCUGUAAGACUCUGGCCGGUACUUUCAACAGUGCUCAAUAUGGUUAUAAUGUUGUUGUGAGAAUUCCUGCAGGAGCAACCAGCAUUGACAUCAGACAGCACAGCUACUCUGGGAAGCCAGAGGAUGACAACUACCUCGCAUUAUCUGACAGCCAGUCCACUUUUAUUUUAAACGGGAACUUUGUGGUGAGCAUGUUUAAACGGGAAAUCACCUUUCAGGGGACCGUCAUUGAAUACAGUGGAUCAGACACUAAUGUGGAGCGCAUUAACUGCACUGAAAAAAUAGUGGAAGAGCUGGUUCUGCAGGUCUUAUGUGUGGGAAAUUUGUACAACCCUGAUGUGCGUUACUCUUUUAACAUACCAAUUGAGGACCACAAGGAGCAGUUUGUGUGGGAUUCAUACGGCUCAUGGCAGGAAUGUAGCAGUAUGUGUCAAGGUGAACGGAAACGGAAAGCAGUAUGUGUGCGUAAGAGCGAUCACCUGGUUGUGUCGGAGCAGAGAUGUGAGCAUUUGCCCCAGCCUGCCCUUGCCACAGAGCCCUGUAACACAGAAUGUGAACAAAGGUGGCAUGUGGUUGGUAAAAGUGAGUGUUCUGCUAAGUGUGGACCAGGCUAUAGAACUCAAGACAUCCAGUGCAUGAAGUACAGUGCAUCCAAAGGGCAGAGUGUUCCAGUAGAAAGUAGGUUCUGCAGUGACCAGCUGAAACCUCAAUUCAGAGAGCCAUGCCAUGGAGACUGUCACUUGACCAGCUGGCAUUACUCAUCAUGGUCACAGUGUUCGAAGACCUGUGGAAGGGGCACCAGGAGUAGAGAUUUUUACUGCGUGAACAACCUUGGACGACGUCUUGUUGACAGAGAGUGUAAUGAACACCAGAGAGUUGUAACUCAGACCUGUAAUGAUAUUUCCUGUCCGGAGUGGGCUACCAGUGAAUGGACAGAGUGUCUUGUGACAUGUGGGAAGGGUGUGAGGCAUAGACAGGUAUGGUGUCGCCUGAAUGAAGAACGCUUGAGGGAUAACCUCUGUAACGCAGACAGCAAGCCAGAGGCUGUAGGAGCUUGUGAACUUCCAGAGUGUGCCUCCUGGCAGGUUGGGGUCUGGGGAAUGUGUGCUGUGACCUGUGGGCAUGGCUAUCAGAUGCGGGCUGUAAGGUGUGUAACUGGAACACAUGGGGAGGCUUUAGAUGACAGAGUCUGCAAUGCUGCUUCCCGACCAAGAGAUAAUCAGGAAUGUGAGAUGCCUGCUUGCCCUGAAUCUCCCAAGGUUUUUUCUACCGCCCUUCCUGGCACUCAAAGGGGAUUCAUGACGCAGUGGAGAUAUGGAUCUUGGACUCCAUGCUCAGUUACAUGUGGGAAAGGGAAGCGGGCUCGCUAUGUGAGUUGCAGAGAUGCUCAUGGAGGGGUAGCGGAUGAAUCGUAUUGUGCACACCUGCCUCGUCCACCAGAAGUCUCCACCUGCUUCAGUCCAUGUGGUCAGUGGCGCGCUGGCGAAUGGUCAACUUGCUCAGUAACCUGUGGUCAUGGGGGGUCAACACGGCAGGUGGUUUGUAGUAACUACCACCAUCAGAUUGAUGAAGGCCUCUGUGAUCCAGACGACCGGCCACCCUCAGAACAGGAAUGCAUCGCAGCACCGUGCCCCUCCCUGUAUCGUCUGUUUCCUAACAACCAGCCGGCACAUUUCCCCUCUGACUACCAGCGCCCCCACCUGGAUCACUCUCCCCAGGACAGUGCCAGCCACAAAAAUUGGAAUGUGCCGUCUGCAGACAAUCAGUGGAGGACAGGCCCUUGGGGAGCAUGUUCCAGCACUUGUGCUGGAGGAUUCCAGCGUCGGGUUGUAGUGUGCCAGGAUGGAGAAGGACGAACCAUAAACUACUGUGAUGAGAGAAUAAAACCAGCAGAGUCGAGAAGCUGUGAUUCCGGACCGUGCCCUCGCUGGAACUAUGGGAGCUGGGGAGAGUGCACUCAGACUUGCGGAGGUGGAACAAGAACAAGACUAGUAAUCUGCCAGCUGUCUAAUGGUCAAAGAUUAAACGAUCACAACUGCGAGAUUCUGGAUAAACCGCCAGACAGGGAGCAGUGCAACAUGCACCCUUGUCCAGGUAGUGUUUCAUGGCACCGAGGACCAUGGAAACUGUGUUCGGUGAGCUGUGGAAAAGGCACCAAGCAUCGGGACGUUUACUGUGCUGAUAAAGAUCAGGCCCAAGUGGAGGAAGAACACUGCAAACAGCUGUCAAAGCCUCGCAAUCACAAGCCAUGUAGGUCACGCAGAUGCCCUAGCUGGAAGGCCAACAGAUGGAAAGAGUGCUCCGUGACCUGUGGCGUGGGGAUUCAGCAAAGGGAAGUCUUCUGCAGAUUGAAAAGUGUAGGUCGAGUUGAUGGAGUGAUGUGUGAUCCCCUCACCCAACCCCCCCAUACACAGCCAUGCCGGGCUCCUGACUGUCUUCACUAUGAAUGGAUUGCAGAUAAAUGGCAAGGCUGCCCUGUUGCCUGUGGUGAAGGGAUAAAGACACGAAAGAUUGUGUGUGUUGAUCAAGACAAGAAGUCUGUAGAUGACAGCCGUUGCAACUCUUCGUCCAAACCUAUCGCUUCACAAAAAUGCAAAACAGUACCUUGUGAAUAUUUAUGGAUUACAGGAGAUUGGUCACAGUGCUCAAAAAGUUGUGGCUCUGGAUACCAGCAAAGGAUGAUUUCCUGCUCUGAGGUGCACUCUAUUCAAGAUCAUUAUUCCUAUGAUUCCCAAUCUGUAUCUCAUGCCAACUGCCCAAAGCCACAUCCUCCAGACAUCCAAAAAUGUAACCUCGGGGAGUGUCCCUCUGCUGCAUCCUGGAAAGUAGGCUUGUGGAGUAAGUGUUCUAUGACCUGUGGAGCCGGUGUGAUGGAGAGAAAGGUGGAGUGCGUGACCUCCAAGGGUUUACAUUCUGAACUGUGUCGUCCAAAUGAGAAGCCAGUAUCCAAGGCUGCUUGUCAGGAUAAAGAGUGUGAAUUAUCGACAAGCUGCAGUGAUGUGCAGACUAAACAAGGACUUACAAAAGAUGGUGAAUACUUGCUUAGGAUUAAAGGAAAAAUUAUUCAGAUUUACUGUGCUGAAAUGCAGUCAGAGUAUGCAAAAGAGUAUGUUACCUUACGCAGUGGACAGACAGACAACUACUCUGAAGUAUAUGGAUACAGGUUGCAAAAUCCAUAUGAAUGUCCGUUCAAUGGAAGCAGACGACAAGAUUGCUUGUGCACUAAUGACUACCCUGCAGCGGGAUACACACUUUUCUAUAGGGUUCGACUCGAUGUCAGUUCCAUGCGGAUAAUAACUACAGAUCUGUUUUUCACUGAGACGCUGCUUGGGAGAGCAGUUCCUUUUGCCACAGCAGGAGACUGUUACAGUGCAGCCAAGUGCCCACAGGGACAGUUUAGCAUCAAUCUGACAGGUACUGGACUGAGAGUAUCUGAAUCAACUAAAUGGAUAGCGCAGGGUAACUAUGCGACAGUCAAAGUACACAGGUCUCAUGAUGGUACAAGAAUCUAUGGAAGAUGUGGAGGCUACUGUGGGAAGUGCAUUCCUCAAACUAACUCUGGGCUUCAAGUCCAAGUUCUGUAAAGAAGAAAUUAGGAUUUGAAGUACUAGGAAUCAAAAAUGAAAAGCAUAUCUGUCCAGAAUGUAAUGUACCUUGUGUGUAAAGACAAAGAUAUUUACCACUUAUAUAAUAUUGCAUAUUAUUUAUCUAUUUUGGCAGCUACAGCAAAAAGUGAUCCAACUGACUGUAAUGGCCACUACAACAUAAAACAAAUUCAUAUGAAGAUAUUUAUUCAAUUUCUGAUAGUGACAAUGAUGAUCAAAUGCACUGGUAUAUUAAUGUAAGCUAGACCAAACAUGGAGUAAAAGCACUACGGGCUGGUUAUGUUUAAAUUGGUGUCUUAUGUCAGUCCAGCUUACUGUAAGGACAGGUGCAUAGUAAAGACGCUGGGUAUAGCAUACAAAAUAAAAUACAAAACGUAUGGUACAGUACUGAUACAGGCUUUCUCAAGAUGUAAUGUCCAAUUACUGUAAUUGUAGUUCUUUUACCUGAUUUUUUAGUACAUUCCCAAUGGUGCUCAUUAUCCAGCAGCUGGUUAAAUAGCAAACAUUGUAUUUACAUUGACAUUGCAAUCAUAUUCAGUAACUGAGUGAAUUACACUGGAAGUGAAUAAUGAUCAGAUAGGUCAUGUCCCCAGUAGCAAUUAUACUUCAGUGUUGCAUGCCUUACAUAAGACAGCACAAGACAAGCCUCUUAAAAUGGUAAGAGGUAGCCUUGAAACAGCAUUGAAUUUCAUGCUGAUUUAAAUACACCUGAGUCAGUUUUGUUUUAUUUUUCAUUCAUAUAACAAAAACCUCUGAAAUCAGUAGAAAAACCAGGGGACCUUCUCCUUACAUUAGGAAAUAUAAGGCUUAAGGAGCAUUGGUACCCACCUCCGGAUUCUUGAGAUCAUCAAUCAAAAACCCUUUAAUUUGUUACAUAUGAGUUACAGUACAUGAAAAACCUAAUUUAGCCAGCCAGCGGACAAAAUAUAGGUCCAAAAAAACCCAGUCAUAUUGCCAAGUCACUGGUGCAUAAACCCUACCUCUCAUACGCAUGUAAAUAAGAGAGACUUAUUUUAUUAAGGUAUAAAAUAUUUAUGUACGAUUUUAUAUUUAUUCUGUGCUGUUUUGUUCAUAUGUUGGAUGUUGAGUACUGCCAGCUAAGAAGCCAUUAUUUGACUUUAAGUUGCAUUUUUGUUGAAUGAUUGUAACCACUAGCUAAACAGAAAAGAAUGAUGUUAUUUUUAUGGUGCUGUUAACUACUGAAAUUACCUCUUUUAAAAAACAGGAGUUAUGUGGUGAUGUACCACUACCAUCCACUCUGCUGCAAGGUUUAUUGGAGUAGUAUUAAUAUUUACAAAGCUUCACACCAUUUCUCUCUGAUACAAAUGCAGACAGUAAAUCUUGGUGCUAAAAGGUUUGGAAAUCCAUAUAGUGUUUAGCUUCAACCAAAGUUUCCUUUUACAGUGCCUGAGUUGCACAGUGCAGCUAUAUCUAUAUUGGAACAUCCCUGUUUAAAUUAAAUGAGCAGCUAACUUAACUGUGGCUAUCGUGUUCUGUGAUAGACAGUUCUACCUAUGAGAUCCGUAUCAGAAACUGUCGGAGUACUUGAUGCACUGUGUGCCUUUACAUAUUUUUAGAAAGGUAAACUUGGAAUACUCCGUUCUUUUUUUUAUUAACAGUAAAGUUUCUUGUAAAUAUUUAUGUAAAAAAAAAGUUUUUAUAAUUGAGUGUAUAUUGAAUAUAAGUGUAUUCUGUUAUAUUUUAAGAGGGCAUUUGGCAAAAAAGAAAUGUAUGAAAUGAUGCUUUUGCAAUGUAUUAUCCAAAGAAACCACACACUUGUUGAAAAUUGAGUAUUCACCCAAAUGUGUGUACUUUAAAGUGUGUAUAUUUAAAGGAAUCAUGUUGGUGCUAUAAUAACAUUUAUUGGGUUUUUUUUGUUUUGUUUUUUUAAAGAUAGCAUCUGACUGCUGUACUAACAAAGACAAUUACAUAUUAAAAUGGUGUUUGUAUGUGUGUGUUUUA